CCGCGCCGCGCUGCCGCGCCCCGGCCCCAUGAGUGCUCGCUGGAGCAAGUGAGUGCUGGAGGCGUCCGGGCGGGCGCCGGCGGCCCGGCCUCGGGAGGGAGGAUGUGGUGAGAGGAUGGGGCUGUGUCCCGCGGGGGCUCGCCAUGGCCAGGGAGGACUCGGUGAAGUGCCUGCGCUGCCUGCUCUACGCCCUCAACCUGCUCUUCUGGUUGAUGUCCAUCAGCAUAUUAGGGGUUUCUGCUUGGCUGAGAGACUACCUGAAUAAUGUUCUCACUUUAACUGCAGAAACAAGGGUGGAGGAGGCUGUCAUUUUGACUUACUUUCCUGUGGUCCACCCAGUUAUGAUUGCAGUCUGCUGUUUCCUCAUCAUAGUUGGAAUGCUGGGAUACUGUGGAACAGUGAAAAGAAAUCUGUUGCUCCUUGUCUGGUAUUUUGGAAGCUUGCUUGUAAUAUUCUGCGUUGAACUGGCCUGUGGUGUUUGGACCUACGAGCAGGAAAUAACGGUUCCAGUGCAGUGGUCCGAUAUGAUCACACUGAAAGCCAGGAUGACCAAUUAUGGCCUACCUAGGUACCAGUGGCUGACCCAUGCUUGGAAUUUCUUCCAGAGGGAGUUUAAAUGCUGUGGCGUGGUGUACUUCACAGACUGGCUGGAAAUGACAGAAUUGGACUGGCCACCUGACUCCUGUUGUGUCAGGGAGUUCCCAGGAUGCUCUAAGCAGGCACAUCAUGAGGAUCUCAGUGACCUCUAUCAGGAGGGAUGUGGUAAAAAAAUGUACACUUUCUUGAGGGGGACGAAGCAGUUGCAAGUGCUGAGAUUCCUAGGAAUCUCUAUUGGAGUAAUGCAGAUCCUGGCCAUGAUCCUCACUAUUACUUUGCUGUGGGCUCUGUACUAUGACAGAAGGGAUCCCAGGGCAGAUCAGAUCAUGGCACUGAAGAGUGAUACCUCGCAGGAGCUGUCAUGUCAUUCCAUGGAGCUACUGAAACCAAGCCUCACCAGGAUCUUUGAACAUACAUCCAUGGCAAACAGCUUUAGUACACACUUUGAAAUGGAAGAGCUGUAAGGGAUGCGAUGAAUCUGCCAAGUCACAGAGGAUUUUUUGUGUUGUUGUUACUUCUGUUCUGUUCCAUCAAAUAUACCAGUCUUCUUAUGUGUUGGAAACCAGCUAGUGAAUGGAAGUGAAGAAGACCAGCAAAGAAAGAUGAGCCUGUUGCCAGCCUCUUAGCCAUGUCCUCAGCUGUGAAAGAGUGUUGAUUUUGUGUGUUCAUUUUUUAAAAUGCACUCAUUCAGUUGGGCACAGUAAUACUUGUUGGCACAAGCUGUGUGAAGUGUUAAACACUGACUCAAUCACAGGUAGACUGAACCUGUAAGGAAGCAUCAUGGGAAGGGAAGAGAAAUAUUCAUCUUCUGAAGAAAAAACUGUGCUUUGAGCAAACAAAAUGUGACUUCAGCUGAAAUUGACUUUUAAUAAGCCAUUUGGAAAAUGUCUUUAUCAGGGAUCUAUGUAUGUAUAAUUGUGUGUUUUCAUGUGUGCAUGGAAAGCAGAGCUACAAUUCAAGUUAAUACUUGGAUUUAAAAAUUUGCAAGAUUUGUAAAAAGGGCGAGAUUUUCUUUUUUUCUAACAAAAUGUUUAUCUUAGUUUUUGUUCUUAAAGAUGUUCUAAAACUUCUAUUUUUAUCUAACAUAAUGUUUUUUUUAGUUUUAAAUAUAUUAAACAGGGAUUGAAAACAAAACUAUUGCUGUGGACAAUAGACUUUAGUUUUCUGGAGAAUUCUUCCUUCAAACAGUUUGUUCUGUGGACUGUUUCUUAGUAAAAAGGAAGAAAACCUUAAACAUUCUUGCCAAAAUGGGAAUCAAUAUGGGAGUAGCACAUUUUUAUAGAUAAAUAUUUUCUCCUGUUCAUGAUUCCCCUGAAGCUAGACACAAAAGACUGCAGGAAAAAUGCUUACAGUUCUGGAUGCUAUUGCAAUAAUUGUAAAAGUACUCAAGGAAAAAUUUUACUUUGGUGAGGUGAGUGCUUCAUUAAGAACUCUCUGGUGGCCUAAAAUGCCAGCCAGAAACAUUAAAAUGUAUUUAUUGAGGUGGGGAAAGUGCAUUUUACUGUAUUUUGAUGAGCAAUGUCUAUGUCAUAGGAUUAUUUUUACAAUUGGCCACGCUCUUGAGAUAUAUAUUUGUUCCAUUGAGUAUAGUAGUUUGUGGCAAAUGGGCUUUUUACAUAAUAUUUCAUUAAAAAUUAGUUCGUUUGUUUUGGAAUUUGUAAAAGAAAAAAGAAAUCAAGGUGGAAUUUGGCAGACAAUAAAAUUACUUUUCUCUUAAA